AAAGGCGUUCCGCAAUCACGUCCGAAGGCACGGCGAGGUCAGGGUGGGGGGAGUUCCGACCCAUGUUUGGAAAUGUUUACUCAGGGGCGCUGCCGGUGGAAGCGUCUAGAACUUACUCCUGGGACUAUCUAAGCCUCGUGUCUUAGGAAAGUGUUGAUAUUCGCUACAGCAGACGUGUCGAACGCAAAUAGAAAUGGCUCAAACAAAAAUACAAGCGAAAAUGAAUGACGCCGGCAAGGCGAGCAGAUUCAGCAGGACCAUGUCGAUGGCGGAUCGCUCCGGGAGGCUGCUGGAACAAAUGGACCAACUGGAAAUGAGGGUGGAAGCGUUAAGAGAGACGGCAAGCGCAUUGGAACAAGAGAAGGAGAGUUUGUUGGAAAUGAUUCAGUCAAUGAAGAACAGCCAAGAAAUGCGCAACAUCAGCGACGGGGAACGAGAAGAGCUCACAGUAACGGCCGACCGUUUGUUGGGACGGACCCUGACUGUGGAGGUUUCCGUGGAAACCAUCCGAACCCCUCAACAGGAGGACGCUCUGCGUAAAGCUACUUCUCUGAUUAAUGAAAUCGUCGCGAAAGUGUUGGACGACCUGGACAACGGAAGAAAACGACUGAUCUCUUUGCAUGCAGCCUGCGUCACCGAAGUUCCCCCGGUGCCAAUCGAUCAAAAGUUUCAGAGCAUCGUGAUAAGCUGUGCCUUGGAGGACCAGAAGAAAAUCAAGAGGAGGCUGGAAACGUUAAUCAGAAAUAUGGACAACGCAGGGAAAACUAUCAGGAUAAUGGAUCAGCAAAAAGUGGUUGAUUCAGAGAGCGCUAAUGGCAAAUAAUGGGUAUUGUAUUGAUCCCUGUCCGAUUCCACAACGUUGUAUGACUUAUAGGCUAAUAAUAAUUUUUUUAAAACUAUGAUCCACCGUAGGAGACCAAAAAAGGAAAUGAAUUAACGUUGUGUUCUACGCAGUGACAUCACAACCACCGAUAUGCAAGGAACACCGUCUGUGCACGCAGAUACUGGAUUAUUUCAAGAUGUUCCAGGUUUAUUAUAUUGCAGGGUUCAAGGAUAUUAACCAGACCAUUACUCUGUCAGUUGGUGGCAGGAAGGAACAGAGUUUAUCGUUACUGUUAAUGUCAAAGGAAUAGAAGCUUAACUUAUAACUAAACUAACUUUAAUAUGGCAGAAGUGUCUGCUUGCCACAAGAGUCAGCGAUGGGUACUGUUUCAUUUUCACACUUGAAAUACAUGAAAUGCUUCCAA